GCAGGGGCUCAGGGCUUCCCGUGUACCCCUUCCGGUCCUGCCUUCCACCUUUUGACCCUGGUGUCACUGUCUCCACAGAGGCUCGGGGUGGGCUGGGGGCCCCUCCGCUGCAGUCCGCCCGAUCCCUGCCAGGCCCCGCCCCCUGCCUCAAGCAUUUCCCGCUCGACCUGCGCACGUCUAUGGAUGGCAAAUGCAAGGAGAUAGCCGAGGAGCUGUUCAGCCGCUCCCUGGCUGAGAGUGAGCUCCGUAGUGCCCCAUACGAGUUCCCCGAGGAGAGCCCCAUUGAACAGCUGGAGGAGCGGAGGCAGCGCCUGGAGCGGCAGAUCAGCCAGGAUGUCAAGCUGGAGCCAGACAUCCUGCUUCGGGCCAAGCAAGACCUCCUGAAGACAGACAGUGACUCAGACCUCCAGCUCUACAAGGAACAGGCUGAGGGGCAGGGAGACUGGGGCCUGCGGGAGCGCGAUGUGGUGCUUGAGCGGGAAUUCCAGCGCGUCUCCAUCUCCGGGGAGGAGAAGUGUGGGGUGCCAUUCACAGACCUGCUGGACGCUGCCAAGAGUGUGGUGCGGGCCCUCUUCAUCCGAGAGAAGUACAUGGCUCUGUCCCUGCAGAGCUUCUGCCCCACCACCCGCCGGUACCUGCAGCAGCUUGCCGAGAAGCCUCUGGAGACUCGGACCUACGAGCAGGGCCCUGACACCCCUGUGUCUGCCGAUGCCCCGGUGCAUCCCCCGGCGCUGGAGCAGCACCCAUAUGAGCACUGUGAGCCUAGCACCAUGCCUGGGGACCUGGGCUUGGGUCUGCGCAUGGUGCGGGGCGUAGUGCACGUCUACACCCGCAGGGAGCUCGAUGAGCAUUGCCCAGAGGUGGAGCUGCCGUAUCCCGACCUGCAGGAGUUUGUGGCUGACGUCAAUGUGCUGAUGGCCCUGAUUAUCAACGGCCCCAUAAAGUCGUUCUGCUACCGCCGGCUGCAGUACCUGAGCUCCAAGUUCCAGAUGCACGUGCUGCUCAACGAGAUGAAGGAGCUGGCCGCCCAGAAGAAGGUGCCGCACCGGGAUUUCUACAACAUCCGAAAGGUGGACACGCACAUCCACGCCUCGUCCUGCAUGAACCAGAAGCACCUGCUGCGCUUCAUCAAGCGGGCGAUGAAGCGGCACCUGGAGGAGAUCGUGCACGUGGAGCAGGGCCGCGAGCAGACGCUGCGCGAGGUCUUCCAGAGCAUGAACCUCACCGCCUACGACCUGAGCGUGGACACGCUGGACAUGCACGCGGACAGGAACACCUUCCAUCGCUUCGACAAGUUCAAUGCCAAAUACAACCCUAUCGGGGAGUCUGUCCUCCGGGAGAUCUUCAUCAAGACGGACAACAGAGUUUCUGGGAAGUACUUUGCUCACAUCAUCAAGGAGGUGAUGUCGGACCUGGAGGAGAGCAAGUACCAGAACGCGGAGCUGCGGCUCUCUAUCUACGGGCGCUCGAGGGACGAGUGGGACAAGCUGGCACGCUGGGCUGUCAUGCACCGCGUACACUCCCCGAAUGUACGCUGGCUCGUGCAGGUGCCCCGUCUCUUUGAUGUGUACCGUACCAAGGGCCAGCUGGCCAACUUUCAGGAGAUGCUGGAGAACAUCUUCCUGCCGCUGUUCGAGGCCACUGUGCACCCCGCCAGCCACCCAGAGCUGCACCUCUUCCUGGAGCAUGUGGAUGGCUUUGACAGCGUGGAUGACGAAUCCAAGCCCGAGAACCACGUCUUCAACCUGGAGAGCCCCCUCCCCGAGGCUUGGGUGGAGGAAGACAACCCGCCCUAUGCCUACUACCUGUACUACACCUUCGCCAACAUGGCCACACUGAACCACCUGCGCAGGCAGAGGGGCUUCCACACGUUUGUGCUGCGGCCGCACUGCGGGGAGGCUGGGCCCAUCCACCACCUGGUGUCGGCCUUCAUGCUGGCCGAGAACAUCUCGCACGGGCUGCUUCUGCGCAAGGCCCCUGUCCUGCAGUACCUGUAUUACCUGGCCCAGAUCGGCAUCGCCAUGUCCCCACUCAGCAACAACAGCCUCUUUCUCAGCUACCACCGGAACCCACUGCCCGAGUACCUGUCCCGAGGCCUCAUGGUCUCACUGUCCACUGAUGACCCCCUGCAAUUCCACUUCACCAAGGAGCCGCUGAUGGAGGAGUACAGCAUCGCCACCCAGGUGUGGAAGCUCAGCUCCUGCGACAUGUGCGAGCUGGCCCGCAACAGUGUGCUCAUGAGCGGCUUCUCCCACAAGGUGAAGAGCCACUGGCUGGGACCCAACUACACAAAAGAGGGCCCCGAGGGCAAUGACAUUCGCCGCACCAACGUGCCAGACAUCCGUGUGGGCUAUCGCCACGAGACCCUGUGCCAGGAGCUGGCACUCAUCACGCAAGCCGUCCAGAGUGAGAUGCUGGAGACCAUCCCAGAGGAGUCAGGUCUCACCAUGAGCCCGGGGCCUCAGUGAGCCUGGCCCACAUGGCGCCCCACAUCUCAGCACCGUAGCCACGUUUCGUCCUUGGAUCCCUCCCACCCUGUGCGGUCUCUGCAUGUGUCCAUUCUUUGUCCUGUCCUGCAUGUCUCAGACCUCUCUCUGUCUCUGUGCCUCCCCGGAGUGUGCUCUGCCCUUGCUUGGUUCAGGUGGCACCCGAUGAUCCCAAGUUUGAGGGCUGCCCUGUCCCAAGAUCCUCUGAAGUCUGGCUAGGGAUGGUUGUGGGGGGCUGGCCCCUCCAGCCUUUGGAGUCCUGCCUAGGCAAGUCUGAGCUUUGGCCAGGGUUGAGUUGAGCCCCUCGUCUUGUUUACGUAGCUGAAGUUUAAGGUGGGUCCUGUACACUUCUGCUGUGGGCCCGGGGCUGUUGGGGGCUGGGGGCUCCUGCAGCGCUGCGGUGGGUGGAGCUGGGCUGAGAACAGGCGCAGCCGUGACACCCUGGACUCAGGCCCCGGAGGUGCUGGCUGCUGCCUCUGCCUCUCAGUGCCUGGCAGCCUUCUCCGCCCUCCCUCCGGUCCCUGUGCUCCGGUGUCUGCUUCCUGUGCCUCUGGGAGGGGCAGUGCUGUGCCAUGUCUGGGGCCGCUGCCGCUGGAGGGCCCUGGAUCUGCCACCAGCCCUCGGUGUGGUGUCCCCAAUGUGGUCCCUAGAGUUUCGACCAGACCCGGAUCCUGGCUGGUCCUGUGUUGUUGUUUUUUGGACUGAGGCCUUUGCUGUGAUAUGCAGUGUUUCAUACAGUCCCGUCUUUCCUAGUGCAUGAGAAAUAAAGAUUAUUUAAGUAAUGAGGCAGGUGGGUCUUUGUUGGGAGAGGGCCUGCGGGGUGGGGGUGGCUGAGGUUGGGACCAGGAACUCUUCGGAUGGAGGGGAGCGACUGGCUUGGCUGAUGUAUGUGCACUUGGAAGCUGUGGGAGGGUGAAGAGCUCUACCGGGGACCCAUCUGCUGUCCCCAGGCCCUCGUUGAGCCUGCCCCCUCUGAAGGGGACACUUUCCAUCUACUUCCAGCCUCUUGGAGCUCCUGGGAGAUGUGGGAAUGUGCACUUACAAGCAGGCCUAGGCCCAUGGUCCUCAAACUCUGCGUUGGCAUCUGGGGAGCGCUUGUUUAAAAUUCCCUUUCCAGGCCUCACCCUCUGAUUCUGAUUCAGUGAGUGGAAGGUGUAGCCUGGAACUCUAAGCAGCUCGGCUUCUGUCCUGUGUUUAAUACACAAUUUCUAGAGCACCUCCCAGGUGGAGAGUAGAGUGUGCCCUGUGCAUGCAGGGUCCUGGGUUAGCACCGAGAAGCCUGUCGCUGCUGGUGCUGAGUGGGGUGAGGGACAGGCUGACUGUUUUGGAAGCAAUUAGCCCUAUUACUGUGUGAGCCUGAGUAAUUGAGGGCCUGGUGACGAGCUGGCUUUCUCCUCCCCUUCUGUCAGCUUGCUUGGCCCAGUCUACUGCGUCUGUGCCAGCUAUGUCCUGGCAUGACACUCCCCCAGUGUACCUGGGGAAAGGCACUCCUGAUGCCCCUGCCUCCUGAAGGCCCCUGGAGGGCCAGGCUCCCUCCUGGCCAAAACCCAGGGUCCUUCAGUGUCCAGAAGGCUUCUCAUCGAUUUCUUGUAGCCAUUGACAUGUCAGAACUGAGUGUUAGAGCUGGAUGCAGAGCUAGGGACUGUACAACUCUGGCUGAUUUCUGUUGGGGAAACAGGAGGUGCAAGUGGCCUGUGGCAGAACCUGGACUGGAAGCCAGGGGAGCUCAGCGUCCAGGGCUCCUCCACCCGACGCUGGGCCCCCUCUGCCUGAACGAUGCUGCUUUUCCAGGUGAAGGGAACUUAUUUUCAAGGAGGUCUAUAUACUUAAUAGUAAAACAUGCUGUGUCUUCUCUUCAUUUGUAAAAUGAGGGAGCAGGAUUAGAGGAUCUUUCUAAAAGGUUCCUUGAAGGGAAGAAUUGCCUGUCUCAUGUGCCACACUUAAGACAGCAAGGAUUCCAUAUUUACUUACUGAAUUUGUCAUAUGAUGGAAUCCUUUAUGCCAGUGUCUCGUCCUUUGUGCAGUCUAAUUGGUGUUGAAACCCAGUCCUAAGAACACUACCAAUUUCAAGAGUUUCUUAGCGAACUUCCCACUUUUCUUUUUUUUUAAACAACUUGCUUCUGGAUUUUUUGGUUCUCUGAAAUAUCUCUUUCAAACAUUUUUUGAGAGAAAAUAAAUUUUAAAACAGUAAAGUCAA